AUGAUUACUAUUCACACUAGAAACCACGGUGGUAGGAAACUUGAGGAGAAACUGAUGAAUAAGACCAGUAAGGGACCCGCUAACGACGACUACUUGACCUACAAGGAAGCUGAGAUUAGAGCUCUAACGCGUGAUGCGGUCCACCGGUUUUGUGUUAAUUGUGUGAAACUAGCUGUGAAGCUGCUUGAUGGCACCUUACCGAAUUGUCUCAAGCAAGGCUGCACGUCCCGGCUGUCUGUUGAUACAUGUGGCAAGCUUUUGACUCCCGACAUGAGUUUGAGGUGGAAAGAGAUGACUAAAGAGGAAUUAAUUCCUUACAAUGAGAGAGUUUAUUGUCCUUACGAGAGGUGCUCUUACCUGAUGUCCAGAACCGAGCUUGUUUUAGUUUCUGCAUGUGGACAUGGGAGAUGCUUUAAAUGUGGUGGCUCCUUCUGCUACUACUGCAAGGCUCCAUGGCAUGGUAUGCUAUCGUGCACCGACUACAAGAAACGGAAUCCUGAUACUCAAAAUGCAAAGGUGAUUUCUCUUGCAAAUCGUAAUGGGUGGCGUCAAUGCGGCAAGUGCAACCACAUGGUUGAACGUUCUAAUGGAUGCAGGAACAUGACUUGUAGGUAA